AUGGGUGUUCAAUAUGGAGCAGAUGAUGAAAACAAUGUAAACGCGGCACUUGUACUGUUUCUCGAAGCCAUUGCGAAUCUGCUGAAGCCGCGCAGUGUUGAAUGGUCAAUGAAGCGUGUUGUACUCAAGGCAACGUUUAAUUCUGCCUCGUACACCGUGGGGACCGACGGGGCUUUAUGGACACGGCUAGGGAGGAGCCUUCGAGCCCUUCUAGAGGUCAAAAAAGUACAACGGAACCAAAGCGUAUCGACAGAUACAAAAAUCACUGCGCAAGAGGCCGCGGAGAUGGUCGGGUGGCUAAAACAAUUUCCUGGGGAUGCUGAGAUGCUUUUAAAUGGAAACCGAGUCCUCAUAUCACAAGAUGCGAACCAAAUAUUUCUUUCUUUUGCCCAGGUAAACCGGCAAUAUUAUGACUAUAUCAAAAAUGGCAAGGUCGCAGGGGACCCUUUCCUCUCUAUCCGGAAACGGGGCCCAUGA